AUGUCCUCUUGUUGCCGGGCAGAAGAGGUCGAUCCCCACCUGGCUACAGCUACUUUCAGGGGAUUGCAGGGUGAUCAGGUCACCUCCGAGCCUCCUUUUCCCCGGCCUAGCCAGCUCAGCCCCUGCCCGGCGCCGCCUCAGGGGCUGCGCUCGCCCCCUGCCCUCAGCCCCUGCCCGGCGCCGCCUCAGGGGCUGCGCUCGCCCCCUGCCCUCAGCCCCUGCCCGGCGCCGCCUCAGGGGCUGCGCUCGCCCCCUGCCCUCAGCCCCUGCCCGGCGCCGCCUCAGGGGCUGCGCUCGCCCCCUGCCCUCAGCCCCUGCCCGGCGCCGCCUCAGGGGCUGCGCUCGCCCCCUGCCCUCAGCCCCUGCCCGGCGCCGCCUCAGGGGCUGCGCUCGCCCCCUGCCCUCAGCCCCUGCCCGGCGCCGCCUCAGGGGCUGCGCUCGCCCCCUGCCCUCAGCCCCUGCCCGGCGCCGCCUCAGGGGCUGCGCUCGCCCCCUGCCCUCAGCCCCUGCCCGGCGCCGCCUCAGGGGCUGCGCUCGCCCCCUGCCCUCAGCCCCUGCCCGGCGCCGCCUCAGGGGCUGCGCUCGCCCCCUGCCCUCAGCCCCUGCCCGGCGCCGCCUCAGGGGCUGCGCUCGCCCCCUGCCCUCAGCCCCUGCCCGGCGCCGCCUCAGGGGCUGCGCUCGCCCCCUGCCCUCAGCCCCUGCCCGGCGCCGCCUCAGGGGCUGCGCUCGCCCCCUGCCCUCAGCCCCUGCCCGGCGCCGCCUCAGGGGCUGCGCUCGCCCCCUGCCCUCAGCCCCUGCCCGGCGCCGCCUCAGGGGCUGCGCUCGCCCCCUGCCCUCAGCCCCUGCCCGGCGCCGCCUCAGGGGCUGCGCUCGCCCCCUGCCCUCAGCCCCUGCCCGGCGCCGCCUCAGGGGCUGCGCUCGCCCCCUGCCCUCAGCCCCUGCCCGGCGCCGCCUCAGGGGCUGCGCUCGCCCCCUGCCCUCAGCCCCUGCCCGGCGCCGCCUCAGGGGCUGCGCUCGCCCCCUGCCCUCAGCCCCUGCCCGGCGCCGCCUCAGGGGCUGCGCUCGCCCCCUGCCCUCAGCCCCUGCCCGGCGCCGCCUCAGGGGCUGCGCUCGCCCCCUGCCCUCAGCCCCUGCCCGGCGCCGCCUCAGGGGCUGCGCUCGCCCCCUGCCCUCAGCCCCUGCCCGGCGCCGCCUCAGGGGCUGCGCUCGCCCCCUGCCCUCAGCCCCUGCCCGGCGCCGCCUCAGGGGCUGCGCUCGCCCCCUGCCCUCAGCCCCUGCCCGGCGCCGCCUCAGGGGCUGCGCUCGCCCCCUGCCCUCAGCCCCUGCCCGGCGCCGCCUCAGGGGCUGCGCUCGCCCCCUGCCCUCAGCCCCUGCCCGGCGCCGCCUCAGGGGCUGCGCUCGCCCCCUGCCCUCAGCCCCUGCCCGGCGCCGCCUCAGGGGCUGCGCUCGCCCCCUGCCCUCAGCCCCUGCCCGGCGCCGCCUCAGGGGCUGCGCUCGCCCCCUGCCCUCAGCCCCUGCCCGGCGCCGCCUCAGGGGCUGCGCUCGCCCCCUGCCCUCAGCCCCUGCCCGGCGCCGCCUCAGGGGCUGCGCUCGCCCCCUGCCCUCAGCCCCUGCCCGGCGCCGCCUCAGGGGCUGCGCUCGCCCCCUGCCCUCAGCCCCUGCCCGGCGCCGCCUCAGGGGCUGCGCUCGCCCCCUGCCCUCAGCCCCUGCCCGGCGCCGCCUCAGGGGCUGCGCUCGCCCCCUGCCCUCAGCCCCUGCCCGGCGCCGCCUCAGGGCUGCAGCACGCUUGCACUCGGCCUGCGGAGGGAGACAGGCGGUGAACGUCAAAAAGCGACGCGGCUUGCUGUGAAGUCGCGAACGUGGAGAGGUGUGAUGGAUGUCGGGGGUAAAACCGAGUAUCUCUAG